CYCCCCCUUGCUAUUUAAAGUAACUCUUGUCAGGGGAAGUUUGUAAGGGUUUAAACAACUCCCUAUUUAGGGUUGCUCUGCAAGGGAAGUUUAGAGGGAUUCGUCUCCCUCUUCCCCCUAUUUAGCAUAGUCCUUCAAGUGGGUUGUGGGGGAAUUUAAACAUCCUCUAUUUAGCCUUUGSGGGUAUUUAACAUCCCCUCAGUCUGGGUAACUUUAUAAAGGGGCUCUGUGGGGUUUGUGUGCCCCCCUCUUUUAUCUGGGUUAUCCCUACUGGAGGAAGCCGUCGGCUCACAUCUGGCCAGAUGUUAAGAGCAGGGGGUUUUUCAGCACAACAGAGCCGGGCUUAGAGGGGGUUGAAACCCCCAGUUAGGACAGGUCUGGGAUCUGGACCAGUGUGGGACCAAAGRAGGGGUCACCGAGCCCCCAGCACCCCCCGUGAGGUCCAGCAGGAGCCCCCCAGCUCCAGGCCCCCAUUCCCAGCCUGUGGAUGUCACAUCCCUGGAGAUGAUGCCCCCCGAGGAGGAGAGCCCGGAUGGGGACAGGGACGGUGGCCUUGUCCUCCUGCACAGCCCGAAGAGUGGCAGCACACGGAAGGGCUGUGACCCCUUUGCCCAGACCCAGCGCAGCAAACUCCAGCACCGCCGGGCCCGGAUCAACCAGCAGAUCAACAAGGAAAUGCGGAUGAGAGCAGGAGCAGAAAACCUCUUCAGGGCCACCAGCAACCACAAGGUGAAGGAAACUGUGGCUCUGGAGCUGAGCUACGUCAACUCAAACCUUCAGCUCCUGAAGGAAGAGCUGGAAGAGCUCAACAGCAGCAUGGAUGUGUAUCAGAAUGACAGCGAAUCCAUCAGCGUUCCCAUGAUCCCUCUGGGACUCAAGGAGACCAAGGAGCUGGAUUUGCUGGUGCCACUCAAGGAUUUCAUCAGUGAGCACUAUGGAGAGGAGGGUGUCCUGUUUGAAAAAGAAAUCAAGGAAUUMAUGGAGCUGCGGCAGGCCAUGCGCACCCCRAGCCGCAACGAGGCCGGAUUGGAGCUGCUGAUGGAAUAUUACAACCAGCUCUACUUCCUCGACAGCCGCUUCUUCCCUCCCACCAAAACCUUGGGUGUCUUCUUCCACUGGUACGACUCCCUGACGGGGGUCCCAUCCCACCAGAGAGCUCUGGCCUUCGAGAAGGGCAGCGUCCUCUUCAACCUUGGAGCACUGCACACCCAGAUCGGAGCACGGCAGGACCGCGCUUCCCUGCCUGGCCUCAACCAGGCCAUCGAUGCCUUCCAGAAGGCAGCUGGUGCCUUUAACUACUUGAAGGAAAACUUCUCCAAUGCUCCCAGCCUGGACAUGAGCGCCGCCUCGCUGACCAUGCUGGUGAGGCUGAUGGUGGCCCAGGUCCAGGAAUGUGUCUUUGAGAAGAUGACUUUACUGCGUGCCCAGAACGACUUCCUGGCCCGGCUGCAGCUGGCUCAGGAGGCAGCAAGGGUGGAAGAUGUUUAUUCCCUSGUGCACCAGACSAUGAGCCAGCCCCACGUCAAGGAUUAYGUUCCCUUCUCCUGGACCACCAUGGUCCACGUCAAGUCAGAGCAUUUCAAAGCCCUCUCCCACUAUUUCGCUGCCAUUGCCCUGUGUGACUGCCCCGUUCCCUCAGAUGCUGAGCUGCURGAGCAAGAGAAGGCUUUCCUGCAAUUCCACAUCACCAUGCCAGAGGGGCCCUCACUCCGUGUCCUGCUGCAGGAUCCCGAGGAAAGGAGGAAGCUGGGCAAAGCUCAUCUCAAAAAAGCCAUCAUGAAGCACGAGGAAGCCAUGAGGAUCCAUGGACUGUGCAAGAUCCUAAGGAAGAUGGAUAUCCUGCAGGAGGUCCUGUCCUUUGCCCACAAGCGCUCCCUGAGCAAGUAUUCCGAGAUCGACCACGAGGAGGAUUUCUUUGAGACRGGAGAGGCUCCAGAUAUCCAUCCCAAAACACACCAGAAACCCGAAAUCAAAUCCCCYAACUUCUCCCAGGUGAAGGUGACCGACCUCUUCCACAGGCUGGGCCCCCUCUCCGUGUUCUCAGCCAAGAACAAGUGGUACCCAGCCCGGAGAGUGCACCUGAUGAGGGGAGAGAACGGUUUCGGGUUCACCCUGCGAGGAGACUCCCCCGUCCUCAUUGCCGGGGUCAUCCCGGGGGGCUGCGCUGCUGAAGCCGGGCUGAAGGAGGGAGACUACAUCAUCUCYGUGAACGGCAAGGACUGCAAGUGGUCCAAGCACGCUGAGGUUGUGCAGCUKCUGAAGAGCACCGGGAAGGAGGGGGUGGACAUCGGGGUCAUCACCCUGCAGGGCUCAGAAUGUCCCAAAACCGUGGACAGGAAGGUGGCAGUGAUGUCCUCAGGAUCCGGGAUGCUGAAAAGCAACAAGGAGAACAGCAGGAAGAGCCUSAUGAACAGCAAGAGCGCCAGCACGCUGCUGGUGUGGAGCAAGAAGAGCAAGAGGAGCAAGAAGAGCACCUACAGCGGGGUCCCMUUCACUGCUGUGGGGGACAAUGAGGCCAUGUACUGAGCACGCUCUUUAUUGUCCCCUGAGCUCCAGGGCUGGCUGCCCGGGAAGCUUCCCAAGCCUGGCUCGGGCUGCGAGGACUCCCAGCCCAGGGAAUGCGCCGCUGGUCGGAUCCGCGCCGAGAGGUGAGCAAGGCACCUCMGUCUCCCAGCUCCUGCAUCCAACGAUCCCUUCAAUCUGGGGGAAACUCGGGUUUAUUGUUGAUUUUGAGAUUUUUUUUUUGUUGUUGUUCUUGAGGGGGGUCGGGGGGAGCUGUGCWGAAGCAGGGCCUGGUUUGUGGCCAAAGCCAGCCCCAGCCAUUAAAGCAAAAGUGUCACCUUCUGUAGCAUCUCCUGGGCUUUCUCUGCGAGGUACAAGGUGGCACUGCUGCCACUGCUUUCCAAGAGCUGCUGGAGGAGCUUAAUCCUUCAGCUGAAUCCUUCCCAACUGCCCUUUUUUUGGGAGAGGGGACAGCGUGGGCAUGGAUGACUUGUGGUGAUCCCAUCAUGGGGUCCAACCCAGGCAGGAUCUCCCAGUUGGGGAUGUCCUGAUGAAAUGGGUUCAAAUUAGGAUGGUUUGACCAUUUUUAGUGCUUUUGGGGUGKUUUUUUUGGGGGAAUGACCCCCCAGCUUGGCUCAGCAAAUCCUGCCCAGCUGCCAAGCUGGAUUCUUCGGAAGAAAAGGGAAGGACUUAACGUGCAGUUGUUGUCUGGCUUUUUUAAUCAGGAGAGGUGGAUUGCCCUAAAUAUUCCGUGAGGAGAUUAAUAGCUAAGAGCUUUGGGGUUUUUUUUUUUUUUUUUUUUUCCUGGGAGGAGAUUAAAAUUCCAGGAAGAUAGCUCUUCCAGAUUAUUAAACUCCUAAAUUUGUGCUACUAUUGGAUCUUGCACACGUUGCUAAUUCCCUAACACUGCUGUCAGCAUUCCUAGGCUGGCCUGAUGGAUCCAGGCACCUCAGCAAUUGUCCUGGAAAUGCUGGGAGACUCCGUUCCACAAAAUAGAUUGGCAAAAUUUCCUCCAUCCCGUUUCUKCCUGGUGCAUUAUUUUUUGUGAAGUCUCAGGUCUGGUCUUCACUGCUUGGAUGAUCUUGGGAGACAUAAAAUUCCCUUGGGAGAGAUGGGAUUGUAUUUUUGUACUUUUAAAGGAAUUUUUAGGGGUGGUUUAAAGGAGCAGUGGAUCAUGACAGCACCCCCCUUGGGUUGGGACUUUUUCUAGGUGGCUCCUCGUCCACUUGCCAAGUUCUUCACCCUGAUUUUAUUUAAGGAAAAYUUCCAGGAGCAAGGYCAGGUUGGACGGGGUUGGARCAACCUGGGAUAGUGGAAGGUCUCCCAUGGCAGAGGGUGAAACGGGAUGGGCUUUAAGAUCCUUUCCAAGCCAAACCAUCCUGGAAUUUUAUAAGCUGAAGGAGCAGGGGUUUUAGCUCUGUUGUUGGCCARGAGGCCUCUCCACAGCCUGAGGCAUCAUCACCCCAGAUUCCGGAUCCGCCUUCCAGCACGGGGCCAUCUGGCACAGCCAGACUUGCCACGUCAUCCUCCCGGCUGCUCRGCGUGGGAGCGGGAAGGAAAGGAGGGGGUGGGGUCACCAAAAAGGCCACCUUGCCCUUAAAACAUCCCAGSAGCAUCUUCCCACCAUCCCAAAAGUGGGAUGGCACCGCGGAUGUCUGCGAGCUGGAGAGGGAUUUAUUUAGGAGAAGCCGUCGCAUUCCACCCGCAUUGCCCAACCCCGGCGUUGGUGAAGGGGUUGUGUCUUGUGGGAUUGAGAUAAUUUCCCUAAUUCCAGAGUUUUAUGUUGGGUUUGUUUUGUUUUUUUUUCUUUUAAAUUUGUACAUGGAUUCUCACCUUUUAUGGAUUAAAAAGCACUGA